CUCUUAAAUUCAUUUCUGAACCUAACCCAUUAUAUAUCGUCUUUACCUUUCCUUUUUCUAUUUCUUUCCUGAAUUUUGUUGUGGCGUGGGAAAAUGCAGGAGCUUAGAGGUUUAAUCAAAAUUCUCGAAUCGAUGAAUUUCGGUGAAAAAUGCGUUUUUUCUUGAAUUCUUGGAGACUUGCAUUCUCGAGAAAUUUAGUCUGGGCGAAGUUAUAUAUUUUGUGAUUAUGUAGUGUUGUUGAAUAUGAUUGAUGGUAAGUAUGGUGUUGAGUUCUUGAAAGAAAAAGAAAUGGAAAAUCAUCAGGAUAAACAGAAGAAUAUAACAUCCGGAAGUGAUGAUUUUGCGCAGGCCAUUGCUAGAAUUGCGGUUGCACAGAUAUGCGAGAGCCUAGGGUAUCAGAGUUUUCAGCAGUCUGCUCUCGACACCCUUUCGGAUGUAGGGGUGAGGUACAUUAGAGAGAUUGGAAAAAAUGCUAUGUGUUAUGCAAAUUUAACUAAUAGGAAUGAGUGUAAUGUGUUUGAUGUGAUUCAGGGUUUGGAGGAUUUGGGUUCUGUUCAGGGGUUUUCUGGUGCUUCCGACUAUAAUCACUGUCUUUCUGGCUCUGGAGUAGUGAGGGACAUUAUUCGAUAUGUUUAUGAGACUGAAGAAUUCCCUUUUGCACAUUCAAUUCCGACUUUUCCAGUUGUGAAAGGGGGAAAAUUGUAUACAAGUUUUGCACAAAUUGGUGAAAACCCUCCUAAUGAAUAUAUACCUAGUUGGUUGCCUAUGUUUCCAGAUCCUGAGACUUGUGUACAUAUAAAUUCAAGAGACAAGAAAGAAGUAGAGUUUGCAGUGGAGAGUAAAGUUGAAGAGCGGCACAUGAAAGUGGACAGGUCUUUGUUGAAUUUGCAGCCGAAAUUGAUCUGUGAUGGGUUGGAAACAGGAUUAGCUGAUGGAAAUGGGUAUGCUGCAAAGGCACAGCGCACAGUGGAAAGUAACCCCUUUCUUGCCCCACCUCUUCAGCUUGAGGAAAAGGACGUUUCUUUACCAAUGCUUCCGGCUAAACUAUCAGAUGAGGCUACAAGCAAAUGCCAGAAUCAUGCAGUUUUUGCAAACCAUGUCUCUAUUUUAGAGCCAUAUGCCCCAGCCACUGAAGAAAUUGGGACCCAUUCGUGUCAAUCUACGCAGGACAGAAGAAAGGUUCCAUUGAAUGGGAGGAAUACUGUAAAAUUUAAGUUGGGAAGUAGCAGGAAGUGCUCGGGUACAGAAAUGAGCCCUUGGAAUGAGGGAAUUGAGAAAGUUUCUCUUUGGUUUGGUGUCGAUUGAUGGAAAACAUGACAAGAGAAGGAGAGCUGAGCAAAUUAUUGGGGAAAAUAUGGAAAAUUCGCAGGACAUUACUAGUGUAAAUUAGGCAUAAUUGUUUUAGACUGUAUACUUGUUUAGGGAACGGGCAGCUGCUACUUGUUCCAGUUAGUGAUAGUCAAAGAGCUAGAGUUCUCUGCUUGGUCAUUACAGAUAUCUAAAGAUGUAUUUUUCCAAAUUUCACGAGUUCUCGAGCAAAUGAAAUCUGCUGGACCAAGGAGUAUCUCUGUCAUCUUUGAUGUACCCAGUGAUCAGAUUUCAACUAGGAGUUGCACCAUAUGAGUCAGGAAACUGGACAAUUGAGAUUACUUCGAAAUUACCAUGACAUAUUUUGCAAGUAUUCUGCAACCAAAAGGUAGUGUCAGUUAACAUUCAGUGCUUUUUUUUUCCCUCUCUCUCUUUAUAAAGAUCUUGUAGUCUAGAAAUUAACCAUGUAGCUUUUCUUGAUGGACAGUACUCUAAAGAACAAGUGCAGUUCCCAGUGGUCCAUCUCACCAGGGCGAAGCCUAAAGUGGUUUUAAAAAAAACGAUCCCUUCCCUCUUCUGGAUUGAAGGUUUUAUGGUGGUUUAAUUAGCUAUAAUUCCGAUCAGUCUCUAAUAAUCACGCAGUCAAUAUCUCACUCUCUGAUUAAGCAUUCCUCUUUCACUCAAAGAUCAAUUAAUUCUCUUUCUAAAACUUGUGCAAUAAAGACCCUGAAAAUCUCCGUUAAGUAAUUGUGCCAUAAUCUCAUCUUUACAUUUCUUUCUCGAAUUGUUCUGCCAUGGGAAUAUGCAAGAACUUGGGUUUUACUCUUACCUUGUUGAAUCAAUGAAUUCCAGUGAAAAAUGCAUUUUUAUUGAAUUUUUGGAGAAUUACUUGCUUUUUUGGGAAGUUUAGUUUCGAGCAAAGUUAUAUUUUAUGAUUAUGAAGUGUUGUUGACUAUGCAGAUGGGAAGUAUGGUGCUGAGUUCUUGAAAAAGAAAAAAGCACCACAAUAAAAAGAAGAAUAGAACAUGAGUUCACCAAGAAGGCCAUUGCUAGAAUUGACGUCUCCAGGUAUGCUCUAGCCUAGGGUAUUAGGUCUUCCAGCAGUCUGCUCUCGACACCCUUCUGGACGUAGGCGUGAGGUAUGUUAGAGAGAUUGGGAAAAAACUGCUAUGUCUGGUGAUUCAAUGUUAAUGAUCGCCUUUCUGGCUCUGGAGUAGUUAGGGACAUUAUUCGAUAGAAUCACUACAUUGAUGAAGCUGAGGAAUUCCCAUUUUGCAUAUUGGUUUCUGACUUUUUGAGUCAUGAAAAAGAUAAAGCUCCAUGCAAGUUUUGCACAAAUGGGUGAAAGUCCUUAUGAUAUGCCUUGUUAAUUGCAAAAUGUUUCCAGAUUCAAAAACUUGCGUGGAUUUAAGUUCUAGGGACGAAUGAAGAGAGAUUGCGGUGCAGGGUAGAACUGAAGGGAGGCACGGGAAGUGGACCAAUCUUUGUUGAAUUUGAAACCGGGUUAGCUGAUGAUGAACCAGGGUAUGCUGCAAAGGCACAACGUGCAGUGGAAAUAACCAAUUUCUUGCUCCCACCUCUUCUGUUUGAGAAAGGAGGUCUAUUUACCUGUUCUUCUGGCUAAACUAAUUGUUAAGGCUGCAGGAAAAUGCUGGAAUCGUGCAGUUUUGAAGAACCAUGUUUUGGCUUUAGAGCCAUUUGCCUGGGCCACGAUGCUAUUGGGGGCCAGUCAUGUAAAUGAGGACGAUUAAAGAGGACAAGAGAGAUGUUCUAUUUAACGAGAACGAUUAUAAAUUUUAGUUUAGAAGUAGCAGGAAAUGAUCAGGUACAGCAGUGAGCUCUUGGAACGUGGGAGUUGAGAAAAUUGCUCUUUGGUUUGUAUUAAUCAUGAUGGAAAAGAUGACAAGAUCAAGAGAACUGUGCAAAAUCGCAGAAAAAGGAAAGAAAAAAAAUUCUCAAGCCCUGUAUCGUGUAUAAAAUUAGGCAUAUUUGACUGAACUUGGUAUACUUUAGGGAACUAAAGGGGUAUUUUUCAAACUUUCACGAGUUCUCAAGGAAUGUCGUUGUAACUCACUGACAUGAUCAUUUUAUUGAUAUUUUUUUCUUAAUUGAGAUUAGAAUAUUCAAGUUUCAA